GAUGGCCAGUAUUUAAAGCGGCCGCCCACCUUGAGCAGCGCACAGAGAUUCAGUCUAACAGAUCUAGUGUACUACAGUCCCGAGGCCAGCGCCAGACUCUCCAAAAUGAGCGACAACCCUGUUAAAGAAGAAGUGCAGCAGUUUGACAAGAGAUGUCUAAAGAAGACAAACACGGCGGAGAAGAACACUCUGCCCACUAAAGAAGAUAUCGAGAAGGAGAAGAAGGCUGCAGACGGGGCCAAAUGAAUGUAAGCCGUGACGGCUCUCCUCACAUCCUCACACCUCCUGGAUGUCUGCUCCUCUCCCGCAUAAAUCAAAUCAUUUUUCAAUCUACUGGCAUUUUUAAAACGAUGUGAACUGCAGAAUCAUGUAUGUAAUUGGAACUGUGGAUAUUCUCCAUCUUUUCAUCAUGUGGGAUUUAGAGAGGAGAUGGAUCAGUUAUUGAGCACAUUUCUGUAUCUGUCAUGAUUAGCUAACGACUGCCCACAUCAAUCUGCUGCCAUCUGCGCUGGUUAUUCUCUAAAUAACAUGCGAGAUGAUAUUUUUGUUUAAUAAAUGAUCAUAAAAAA